AUGUCAGCACCAGUUCCAGAUAGUUCAGCGAGUUCAAACUCAUUUAUGUCAGCACCAGUUCCAGGUAAUUCUAAUAGUGUCUCAGCAGACUCAGCUAUAGCGAGUUCAAACUCAUUUAUGUCAGCACCAGUUCCAGGUAGUUCAGCGAGUUCAAACUCACUAACUAUGUCAGCACCAGUUCCAGGUAAUUCUAAUAGUGUCUCAACAGACUCAGCUACAGCAAGUUCAAGCGUCUCAGUUAUCUCAGCAGUGUUACCCCUGGCUCUGACGACCCACACUGUCAACACCGAUGUGGCUAAGUGGAUUAUAACCGACGACCUGCGUGAGUAUUUCAGCAAAAGUGCAGAUGGGUUUUUAUCAUGCCAACAUAUGGAUAGCGAUUUUAAAUUAUCUACUAAAGUACUGCCUGGUGACACUUUUAAGUUUAAACGACAGUGUACAAAGUCCCUUUUUUUCCGGGAAAAAGUGAAUGGUGAGAAAAUUAAGAGAGACUGGAUUUGCUAUUCCCCAUCAACUGGUAAGGUUUUCUGCGCCCAUUGUAAAUUAUUUAAUUCAAAAUGUGGAAUUGGAGCAUCUGCUUUGAUGUCAUCAGGAUAUGAUGAUUGCAAGAGACUUAGCUCGUCAUGA